AUGUAUAGGGGAAUCAUUGAAUCCUUGUUGUAUCUGACUGCUAGCAGACCUGAUAUUGUAUAUAGUGUUGGAAUGUGUGCUAGAUUCCAAGCAUGUCCUCGUGAUUCACAUUUGAAGGCUGCAAAACGAAUUCUAAGAUAUUUGAAGAAGACAGGGGAUCUGGUCCUUUUCUAUCCAGCAGGUGACACUUUUGAUCUUGUUGGUUUUGCAGAUGCUGAUUUUGCUGGUUAUCAAGUUGACAGAAAGAGUACUUCUGGAAUUGCCCAUUUCCUUGGAUCUUCACUUAUUUCUUGGGGAACUAAGAAACAGAGUACUGUAGCUCUUUCAAUAGCCGAAGCUGAAUAUGUAGCAGCUGCUGCAUGCUGUUCACAAUUGUUAUGGAUCAAGCAUCAUUUAGAGGAUUUUCGUGUAAUCAUCAAGGCUAUUCCCCUUAUGCGACAAUACUAG